ACUAGCUAUGGUGAUAAAUGUGACAAUGAUCGACAGCCCACAGUUUCACCGGAUUUGAAUCAUGUCGGUACUAGCCAUGCUGAUGGUUACUUAGCUAUAUGGAAGGUUGUUGAUAACAUCGUCGAUAUAAUUGAUUUUGGUAAAGUAUUAGACAAAGAAAAAGAAAGAACACGGAAAGCGAAGGCAGCAGCCGAGCAUAACCGAAAGAAAUACGCUGACGCAAAAGAUAUAAUAGACGAAAAACCAAAGGAAGAAGUAUUAUUAAAUAAGUCCGUCUCGUUAAUUGGAUUAUCAAACAAUAAAUUAAUGAUCUGUGAUGUUAAGAAUCCAUUUAUACAAAAUAUGGAAACUUUUAAAGAGAUAUCGAUAAGACCUCAUCCAACUAAAGAAAGUUUUUUACGAUUUCUUCCAAAUGGAGAUCUGUUAUUGCUACUAUUUCCGUAUAUUUAUAUAUACUCAGAAGCAUCCUUAAGAAAUUCAACAAAAUCACCGUGUUCAUAUAUAUCAAGACAUUAUCUUUGGGGAGUAGAAGAGAUCAAGAUUGAUCAUAAAGUUCAAAUUAAUAAAAGAAUGUAUUUCACUCUCGGAUUGUGA